GAUGAGCAGCGGGCGCACACGCCGCUCUGUACGCAACAUCGCUCCACUGCGGUAGGAGCGCAGAAGGAAGCAGAGAGAGAGAGCGAGAGAGAGAGGGAGAGUAGGGGGGGGAGGACCAGGCAGCUACAGUUUACUUGUUUCUGCUCGGAAAAACAAACCCAGGUGGCGAGCUUGUCUCUCCGCAGACUUUAACACAGGUGGACUUCACGUGAGAGGACACGGGGCAACAGAUCCCAGGUCCCACAACCCUGCGAGAGACAACAAGAGACAACUUUCGGCUAUUUCUAUUUCUUUCUUCUUUUUUUAAAUACCACACCUCUGUAACCUUGGGAGUCAGAGCCGUUCUGUUGUGAGAGGAUGGGACCGCUACUGCUUUCCAUCGCCCUGUGUUUGGGAGCCGCUGUCCCGCAGCAUGUGAUGGCGGCAGAUGGUGAGGAGCCAACUUCAGCAGGCCCUUGUCAUCCAAAUCCUUGCCACAACAGAGGAACAUGCGAGAUCAGCGAGACCUACAGGGGAGACACCUUUAUUGGUUACGUCUGCCAGUGUCCACCGGGCUUCAGUGGCGUUCACUGCCAACACAAUAUCAACGAAUGCGAAAGGGAUCCAUGCAAGAACGGGGGCAUUUGCACAGAUCUGGUUGCCAACUAUUCCUGCGAAUGUCCAGGGGAGUACAUGGGGAGGAACUGUCAAUACAGAUGCUCAGGACCACUGGGAAUGGAAGGCGGUAUAAUAUCCAACCAACAGAUAACAGCCUCCUCCACCCACCGCGCUCUUUUCGGCUUGCAGAAGUGGUACCCGUACUUUUCACGCCUCAACAAGAAGGGCUUGGUCAAUGCCUGGACUGCUGCCGAAAAUGACAGAUGGCCGUGGAUCCAGAUAAACCUACAGAGGAGAAUGAGGGUCACAGGUCUAAUUACCCAGGGUGCAAAGCGUAUCGGCAGCCCAGAGUACGUCAAGUCCUACAAAGUAGCCUACAGUGAUGACGGGAAAACCUGGAGAACCUACAAAGUCAAGGGCAAAGAUGAUGAUAUGAUUUUCAGAGGAAACGUCGAUAACAACGCUCCAUCAGCCAACUCCUUCACCCCUCCCAUUAAGGCCCAGUACGUGCGCAUUUACCCCCAAGUGUGCAGGAGGCAUUGUACCUUACGCAUGGAGCUGCUUGGUUGUGAAUUAACAGGCUGCUCUGAACCUCUGGGAAUGAAGUCAGGCCACAUCCAGGACUACCAGGUCACGGCCUCCAGCAUCUUCAGGACGCUCAACAUGGACAUGUUCACUUGGGAGCCUGGAAAGGCUCGGUUGGACAAACAGGGCAAAGUCAACGCUUGGACAGCCGGACACAGUGACCAGUCACAGUGGCUACAGGUGGACCUGCUUGUGCCUGCCAAGGUCACUGGCAUAAUUACCCAGGGAGCUAAAGAUUUUGGCCAUGUUCAGUUUGUCGGCUCAUACAAACUGGCCUACAGUAAUGACGGGGAGCGGUGGAAAAUAUAUCAAGAUGAGAAACAGGGGAAGGACAAGGUAUUCCAAGGCAACUUUGACAACGACACACACCGGAAGAAUGUGAUAGAUCCACCCAUCUAUGCUCGGCUGGUCCGGAUGCUUCCCUGGUCAUGGUACGGCAGGAUCACUUUGCGUGCAGAAGUACUCGGAUGCACAGAGGAGGAGUGAAGUUCUCUCUUUCAUCUUUAUUGCCACCACCCCCAUCCCCCGCCCCCCCUGUCCCUUGGCAUACUGGUGUAUCUCACCCAGUAUAUUGAAAAUAAACUGUGCAACCUGUAAAAAGAAACCAAUUUCCAAUGGAUUUUUCAAGAAUAUGUGUCUGUUUGUGGUGGGUUGCUGUUUAUUAUUUUUGUACAAUGAUUUAAUACCUGCCCUUUGUCUUUGAGUUUUCUCUAUAAAGCGUGAUCUUUCUGUCUUUUUAUUCUUCCCACGAUUUAUCAUCCGGUUUAAAAUGAACUUCUGUAAUAUAUGUGGGAGCGGUGGGGUGAAGUCAGAGUGGGGUUCUCCCUGUGGUGUUUACUUGUUGCCAUGGAAGCUGUUGUACAGUGUCACCAAGAUGUGAAAUGUGUCUGCCAUGCUUCAUUGGACAUAAUCAGCCAACUUCAUAGCAUUACUAAACUGUCUAAAGUACCAUGUAGAGAUUACACGAUAUUGUCACUCUCUCAAAUCGCUUUAUGAAUACUUUACUUUACACUUCCUUAAGCCAUGGUUUUAUCCUAAUGUACACUGGCAUUACGACGUCAAUCAAAACACUAUUAAUGCUCUUGUAUUAUAUGUAAAAGACUAAGAAAUUGCAUGGUACGUGAAUUAUAAAUGUAUAUUAUGACAAAUCAUUUAAAACCUCCAGCCCUGAGAGCAAUGGCUUUGAUUUAGGGACCUAUUUUUAUGUGCAUUUUUAAAUAGUUCUGAAACAUUACAACACACUGCAAAAGUUUACUGAAGAUAACGGAUAUUUGAGACAAUAUACAAGCCCUGCCGUUAACCUGGCACUGCAGCCCUGACGCUGAGGCACAAAGGCUGUCUCUAGCUCUCAUAAGGAGUUUAUCUUUUAUCAUCUUUUUUGUAUUUGAAAAUCCCUACACUUUUUCUAAGAUAUUUGGAAUUAUCGUAUGUGCUUGUUCAUUUUUGUAUUUAUUUCAAUUGUUUUGUCUCAGCUGUCAGAUGCUUAAAUUAUGUGUUUAAUGUCUUUGCAGUGUCUUGGAGAUCUAAAUUGUAUCAAUCACAAAGCUCAGGAUAGAUGUCAUUGAUAAUAAUAACCCACAAAUAUAUCAUUUCUGGCCGUAUUAUUACUUCUAAGAAAUCAGAAAUGAGUAAAAACAACUAUCAUGUUCGUAUUUGCAUAAUCCCAAAUUUUAAGGAUGUCUUCUAUGAUCUUUAAUCUCUUUAUUUUUAAUGAUAAUUCCUGUCUUUUUCAAAAAAGAGCAAAUGUCGAGGGAUUAAUAAUACAUGAAUAUUAUUCAUAAUCUCAAAACCUACUAUGAUCAGAACACCAAGGAACUCUACAGGAAUAUGGACAGUUAUGCUAAUCGCAUCCACAUAUUCUAUUUAUGCAGUUUUCGCUGUAGGCUGCAUCCUGCAGUAAAUGAACCGUGGUGCUCGACUAGUAAAAUACUGGCAGUAGGCAAGUACCUAAGGUAUUGGAACAAUUUGAAACCUUUCAGACCCAUUUUACACAGUUUAAAAAUAGGAUUUCUCCAGUGGUUCCCACACUUAACCAGUAUUCCAAAAACCUUUGAGUGCCCAAAUAAAAGCUUAAGAGAGCUGAUGUUCUAUUUCUCACUUACAAUUUACAAGCUUUCAGUCACUUCACUAUCCAAUCAGCUGUGCUACAGUAAUAUGAUGCAUUUUUUUCAGAGAUUGCAUUCCAACCUGAAAGAAAAUGUAAAGACAGCCUAAAUAAAUGGAUUGCACCAACCUUUCCAAAUUAUCCUGGCUGACUAAACUGGAAAUACCAAGGGGACGCAAUAUACAAUAAAUUAAAAGUCCUUUAAAUUUUUAAUCUUUUGAAUUUCUAAAAGCACAGCAAGAAAAUAUUUUGGUCCUUACUCUAUGUUGUGUUUCAGGGCAGAUGGUCAUCAUGAACGGUGUUGAAGUUGACAAAUAACCAUGAAAAACAAACAUAUUUGGAUUGUUACCUGGAUAUUUGAAAUUGAGUAUAGUCUGUUGUAUUCUGGGUUGGAAAAUAACAAAAGGUUAACUUGGAAAAAUGUAGUUGUGCUAUGUUGCCAAACUCUGUACUUUAAUGAAAGCCUUUUCUGUAGAUUACCAACAUGUGAAUACUGGUAUUGGUUUGAAUCAUUGACUGUCAUUAUUUGCGUAAUAACUAUAUCUUGGCAAGCAUCUUCCAUGAUUGAUCUUUGUAGUUAGCUUCCUUUCGGCUUGUCUGCUGCAAAGCUUCCGUGACGCACGAUGCGUUUGAACACAACAGUAUAACAAACAUGUCCACGGGCACAUUAUGUUCUUGCAUAUCAUAAAGAUCUAUCAGGCUUUACUUUGAACCUUAGAUUUUCUUGUGCAUGGUAAAAAUUCUUCUCAGAGGUUCAAGAGCCAAUUUGAAGCUCAUGCAGUCUUUGUAUUUCUGUGUCCGCUGCUCACUUAUUAUUUCUUUUGUCAGUCUGAGUGUCUAGAAAAUGUUCCUAUCACCAUGCGGUUUAGGUUCAAGCCUGCAAAGAGUGUGAAACUAUGUACAGUCCAAAAAAAGAUAUCGCUUCAAACAAAAGCUCUUUCAGUUUGACAAAUAAAAAUCAUAUCUGUGAAAAUAC